AUGCCACGACCCCAAGACCUGGCGACGGCGCUCCUCUCGACAACCGAGAAAUCCAUCAUCCCGCUGACGGCGAAGCAAGUGUCGCAGGGGUCGAAGCUGUUCGGGGCGGCGGUGCUGGACCGCGCGACGCUGGGGACCGUCAUCGCCUCGACCAACAACGAGCGCGAGUCGCCGCUGCUGCACGGCGAGAUCAACUGCAUCCAGCAGUUCUUCCAGCUGCCGCGCGAGCAGCGGCCCGAGACCAAGGACUGCGUCUUCUUCGCGACGCACGAGCCCUGCUCGCUGUGCCUGAGCGGCAUCACCUGGUCCGGGUUCAACGAGUUUUAUUACAUGUUCACGUACGAGGACAGUCGGGACCUCUUUGCCAUUCCCUACGACAUCGACAUCCUGAAGUCCGUCUACCAGGUCCCCUCGCCAGGCGACACGGAGGAGACUCUGGCGGCCAAGCCACUGUACAACCGCAAAAACAAGUUCUUCACCGCGCGAUCGCUGGCAGAGCUAAUCGACUCCGUCGAGGACGAAGGGGCGAGGACGAAGCUGAAGGGCGAGCUGGAACGGGUCAAGAAAAUGUACGACCAGCUCAGCGCGACGUAUCAGGAGGGGAAGAAGAGCGGAGCGACGACGAGCAGCUUCUUCCAAUAAUGAAUGGCAAACUUCAACCUGGUGGCGAUUUGGAAAUAUAGUACUAGCAGCGAAGAACUUGAAGCUUUGAAAGGCGAGGCUUGAU